UAUUUGGUUAAUUGUUAUGCUGUCUGCAGUGGCAGAUCUUUCCAGUGCUCAAAUCACAAAUUAUUUUAAGUAUCCCAAUGAAUGCAAUCGAUACUAUAGAGUGGAUACUUUGGAAUGUCCUCCGGAUUUUCAUUGGAGCCAAGAGUUGCAACGAUGUGCUGAUAAAAGAGUUGCUGACUGUACGACUUUACCGCCUUAUAUAGAUCAAUUACAAACUGCAGCACCUGCCAAUGAGGACAUCGAUUUAGUACAACUUUGUGCCAGUCAACUAGGCCAAUUGAUACCGUAUCCUGGACAGUGCAGUCAAUUCAUACAGUGCGAUUAUAUACCCUUUGUGAAAACCUGCCCUCAGUAUCUUUUCUGGAAUUCGGUACUGAAAACAUGCGAUAAGAUUUGUAUUUAAUGUGGCAAAAAGUAUUUAUUCAUUUAUAGAUUUUUAAAACAUUAAAAUCUAAAUAACAGGCAAUAA